AGAACCCUCCCCCAUUUCCUCUCUUCUCUCCCACUCCCAGACUAAAACCCCAGGGCCUCACCAGUCGCCGCCGGCCGCCGCAACCACGCGCCACGACGCGAUGGCUCACCUCCGGCUCCUCUUCUCCUACUCGCGGCGCCACCCACAGCACCACCGCCUGCUCCCUCUCUUCCACUUCUCCUCCGACGCCAACUCCAGCUCCGCCCCGCCGCCGCCACCGCCCAUUAAGCCCGUCUCCUACGCGCCGAAGCCGCAGCAGCAGGCCCCGCCCGAGGAGUCCGCCGCCCCGCUAACCCAAGACGCAGGCCCGAGGGACCAAUCCCCACUGCCACGACGGCCGCAGCCGCCGAUGCCGCCGCGGGAGUGGACGCAGCAGGAUAUGCGGUACGUGAAGGACGCGGGGCCGAUGAUCUCGCCCGUCUCGUACCCGUCCAGGGUCGCGCCGCUGCCGGAGGACCGUCCGGUCGGCGGGGAGGCGGGGGCGGUGCACGACGAGGGGCUGCGGGGGGAGGCGGAGCGGAUCCAGAUGGACGCGGGGCGGGCCACCAGGAGCAUCUUUGGGAUGCCUCUCGAGGAGGAGCAGCUGCCGUACCCGACGAUUAUACCGGUCGUCAAGCGGCCGCAGAAGGUCGCCAUUGAUCUCGUCGACGCCAUCCGCCUAGUCAAGACGAGUGCAAACGAUAAGAAGCGGAAUUUUAUUGAAACUGUUGAAGCUCAUGUGAUAUUAGGUGUUGAUCCACGUCGUGGUGACCAGAUGGUUCGUGGCGCCUUAACAUUGCCUCAUGGCACUGGCAAGACUGUUAGGGUAGCAGUAUUUGCUGAAGGUCCUGCAGCAGAUGAAGCUAGAGCUGCUGGAGCAGAUGUAGUUGGUGGCGACGAGUUGAUUGAGGAGAUCCGCACAGGAGGAGGCAAACUAAGCUUUGACAAGUGCAUAGCAACCCCAAUGUUCAUGCCCCGACUUUCAAAGGUUGCUAGGAUAUUGGGUCCACGUGGUUUGAUGCCCAAUCCUAAGCUAGGGUCUGUGACGAAUGAUGUCUCUGGUGCGGUCAAAGCGGCAAAAUCAGGGCGUGUCGAUUUCAAAAUCGAUAAAACUGCCAUAGUGCAUGUUGGCCUUGGGAAGGUGAACUUUACUGAGGAGAGUUUACGUGAAAAUAUAGGUGCUUUUGUGCAUGCACUUUUACUUGCUAAGCCAGUGGGCCUAAAGAAAACUUCAAAAUAUGUAGGAUAUGUGAAGAAGUUCACACUGAGUAGCACAAUGGGACCUGGAUUUCCUGUUACCAUACCAUCACUAUCUGUGGCUGCUGAUCAUUAUAACAAGGUGCAAGUUAGCUAAGUCAAUACAAUAAAGCAUCGAAUGUAGCUUUCUUUCUCCAAUAGCGGUGGGCUAGAUGGCGGCUUGUUUGGCAGUGGAGCGCAACCGAUAACCAGGUUGAGUUUUGGAUGGCUGACUGUUUUUGCUGUUGGGGAUAAUAACUUUGUGGACAUGGAUCAUUCAGCAAACAUUAUCGUCUAUAAGUUUAUUUUGUCCUUGGGUCGCUGCGAUUUUGAGAUUGCUGUUCUGCUCCACUUGUGUCAUCCAGAGUCUCAUUUGUUGUACGAAAUGUAAUAUUGAAUUUGUUACUAAAAAGAUGGUAGUUUUAGAGAUUCUUAUUUUUGAUAAGAAAUGAAGGAUUGCACCAUGCUUCUCAAAGAAUCUGGAAUGUACACCCACAAGCGAGAAUGAGCUAACUUGCACAAUGCACUGGAGCUAUUGUUCAGUUCU